AUGCAAGCGGAUGGACGCAGUCGGCGCGCGCGCCUCUGCGCGGACGGAUCGAAGGAGGAGUGGGUAUACCGUCGCGGGAAGACUCCCGCCCUCGUCUCUGUCGACUUUCCGAGCUCCCUGCCCUCCAUCGCGGCGAACGCCUUUGCGCGCUGCGGCUGUCUCGCCUGCAUCGCACUCGAUUGCGCCUCGCUCAAGUCCAUCGGUGAACGCGCCUUCCUCGCCACCUCGCUCAAGUCCAUCGCUCUCCCUGAAAGCCUCGUGUCCAUCGGCCGAGGCGCCUUUGCCUUCUGUCCCUCCCUCACCACCGUCGCCCUCCCUGCCGGCCUCUUAUCUGUUGGUGAGGACGCCUUCUUCCGCUGCUCCUCCCUCAAACGCGUCAUCGUGCCAACCACCGCCUCGAUUGGCAUCGGCGCCUUCCCCUCCACCACCACCGUCCUCCGCCUCCCGCCCGCCCGCAUGCGGCUCCGCCACCUCUGGCAAGGUGUGCUCGCGCACAAGCGCUGCCGCCCCGGCCUGCUCGGUUGGCUGGAGCGGGCCCAGAUACGGCUUGGCUCUUACGGCCCGGACGGCGCGGCGCGAAAGCGCGACCGCGAGCAGUUCGAGUGCGAUUUUGCGCUCGCCGCGGGCUCUUGA